AUGUCCCUCCUCAUUCAUCUCACCCCCCUCCUCAUCCUCAUCCUCCUCUACCGCCUCUGUCCAGCGCACUUCCCGCCAUCGCCAACAACAUCCAGGCUUUUCAUCCUGUACAGCCUCAUAUGCAACCUUCUCGCCCACCGCACCUCGCCUUGGCCGCUCAUACAGAAUCUUGUCCUGCUUAUUCUCGCGCACGUCCUCCUCGCUGCGAUAUAUUUCCUGCACUAUCUUGCCAAGUUCGCAUGUCUUGCGAAAGAGGCGCUGUUACCGGUUUAUGCUGACUUUGCGGAGUCUGUUCAGUUGAGUGUACGGAAUAUAGCUGCUCAUAUUCAUGGAAUUCAGCUCGAUGAAGUAUCCCGCGAUAAGGUUAUAGACAAGGAUGAGAAGGAGGAUCAUUUCACUGAUGAGCUCGAGAUCAAUUCUAAGCCCGAGCUUUACAAGUCUAUUGACAGUUUGGCCGACCCAGUCGAUGUCAAAGCUGCUUAUACUCCUCCUCCACCUGAGGAAACAUUCCAGCUUCGACAAAGUUGGACGUCCUCUAUAUUCUUUUUCAUUCAAGCGCAACUUCUUCGCCUACAUGAGUUUGUGCAACUUUCCGUACUAUACGUACUACACUUCUAUAGCAUAUGCUUAUGGCACGCCGAAAUCAUUACAUCACUCUAUAACCAAGCAAGUUUGACCUUAUACAUCACACGUAUCCGUGUUAUCCUCCUCAUCAAGCGUAGUCUUGAACCAUUCCGCCGUGUAUUCUCAAAGCUCACAGUCCUUGGCAAUCUAUGCGCCCCCGCCAUCACCAUCUUUGCCCUGCAUUUCAUCGUUUGGUCAAUAUUGUUGUCCUUUGGCGAGCUGUAUGUUUUGUUUGUGUGCUUACUGUGCAUAUUUUGGAUUCUCUCCUGGUUGAGUUAA